AUGGGGUGGCGGGGGUUAUGGGGGUUAUUGGGCGGUGGGGGUUAUUGGGCGGUGGGGGUUAUGGGGCGGUGGGGGUUAUGGGGCGGUGGGGGUUAUGGGGCGGUGGGGGUUAUGGGGCGGUGGGGGUUAUGGGGCAGUGGGGCUUAUGGGGCAGUGUGGCUUAUGGGGCAGUGGGGCUUAUGGGGCAGUGGGGCUUAUGGGGCAGUGGUGAGUUAUGGGGCGGAAGGGGUUGUGGGGCGGUGGGGAGUUAUGGGGCGGUGGGGAGUUAUGGGGCGGUGGGGAGUUAUGGGGCGGUGGGGAGUUAUGGGGCGGUGGGGAGUUAUGGGGCGGUGGGGAGUUAUGGGGCGGAGGGGGUUAUGGGGCGGUGGGGGUUAUGGGGCGGUGGGGGUUAUGGGGCGGUGGGGGUUAUUGGGCAGUGGGGGUUAUAGGGCAGUGGGGGUUAUAGGGCAGUGGGGGUUAUAG